CCAAGACCCCACCCACAUCUCGCGCGCGCUGAAUAAUCCCGCGCUUUCCUCACAGCUCCCCUCAGCAUCAUCUGUGAUAAAGCACUGAGGGCAGGUUGAUGGCACACACACAUGUGGGUCACCUGGCCCUCACACUCGCUUCUCCUUCUAUUUUAACACUCCCUGACGUUAGCAGACUCGAUAACAGUAUCGUUUUUCGACAUUCUUUUAAAGUUUCCUUUUCAUUUGUGAACUUAUUUCCCGACUUGUUUUUUGAGAAGAAAAAAACAUCUCAGUAAAGUUCACAAUGGGUUCCAGCUCUUCAUCCUACGCUCCUAAAACCGUGUACCUGGAUGUAGAUGGAAAAGUUCAGAGGGUCAUUUUCAGUCGACACUGUAGUCCGUGCGACAUCAGAGAGUUGCUUUGUACGUCGUCCAACAUCACCAGAAACACUGCAAUACUUUUAGUAGAUUCAGAGGGAGCGCUGAUAUCUAUUGACCCCACCAUGCCUACAAACACGCCUAACAACUUGUAUAAAGUAAUGCCCCAUUCCAGUCAAGGAGGAGAAAAAGAAGACAUGUUCCAGAACGUUCUCUCUCAGGUGGCAGAGCAGUUCAGUCGGGCUUUCAGGAUAAAUGAGCUGAAGACGGAGAUGACAAACAGACUGGCCAUGCUGGAGAAGAGGGUGGAACUAGAGGGCCUCAAAGUGGUAGAGAUUGAGAAGUGUAAGAAUGAUCUGAAGAAACUAAGGGAUGAGGUGACCUCUAGAGGUGGAGCAAGGUAUGAUUCUACCAACUCCACACCAUCAGUGAACAACCAUCACCAUCAGGAAAAAGAGGUGAACUGUAACUGCAAAUACAAUUUCACAGACGACGGAAAGAAACUCUCUCCCAGACGUGAUGUUCCAAGUUACCCAAAGUACACACUUUCCCAUGAGACUAUAGAGACUCUCAAGAAGCCCACAUUUGAUGUAUGGCACUGGGAGCAUAAUGAGAUGCUAAGCUGUCUGGAGUACAUGUAUCACGAUCUUGGCCUAGUAAAGGAGUUUAACAUGAACCCCAUCACCCUUAAGAGGUGGCUGCUGGCGAUCCAGGAGAAUUACCGCGACAACCCGUUCCAUAACUUCCGCCACUGCUUCUGCGUCAGUCAAAUGAUGUACGGAAUGAUCCACUUGUGCAACCUCCAGGAGAAGCUGACUAUGACCGACAUGUGCAUCCUGAUGACGGCAGCGGUGUGCCACGAUCUCGACCAUCCAGGAUACAAUAACACGUAUCAGAUUAACGCUCGGACGGAGCUGGCUGUACGCUAUAACGAUAUCUCCCCCUUGGAGAACCACCACUGUGCGGUGGCCUUCCAGAUUCUCGCCAUGCCGGAGUGCAACAUUUUCGCCAACAUCGAACUUGAGUCAUUCAAACAAAUAAGACAGGCCAUCAUUACUCUUAUUCUGGCCACUGACAUGGCCAGACAUGGCGAGAUACUAGAUUCCUUCCGGCAGAAAGUGGACAACUUUGACUUCACCAACGAGGAACAUGUCAAAUGUCUGAAGAUGGUCUUGAUCAAAUGUUGCGAUAUCUCCAACGAGGUUAGACCGACCGAGGUGGCCGAGCCGUGGGUGGACUGCCUGCUUGAGGAGUAUUUCAUGCAGAGUGACAGAGAAAAGUCAGAAGGUCUUCCUGUUGCCCCUUUUAUGGACCGGGACAAAGUAACGAAGCCGACGGCGCAAAUUGGCUUCAUCAAGUUUGUUCUCAUCCCAAUGUUUGAGACAGUAAUGAAGCUAUUCCCUCAAAUCGAGGAGAUCAUGGUGCAGCCAUUGCGAGACUCUCGUGACCACUACGAAGAACUAAAACAGAUCGACGAUGCCAUGUCUCAAGCCCAGAAGAAGAAAACCGAGAGCAUGUCAUUAGGAGGAAAGAAGAAAUAGACCCGAACUUCUAAUUCCUCGUCACUAAAAGAAAAGUUCAUCAUAAACAGACGUCUCAUGGACAGAUGAUCUAGGCUGUCUUUGUUCUGGUGUCCUAUGUGCCCUUUUGCUGAGAUGGAGUGAGCUUCUCCUGCAAGUCUCACCCGUUAAGAGAGGACAGAUUUCUCCGCACCACAUAGAUAUACAGUAUAGUAAGACACCAGAUGUGAGAGAAACCUUAAGAGGGCAGUGAAUUCUUAGUGUUUGAAGACUCUGCAGCACAUUUUAAACGGACGGUAAGGAUGAGAGAAUGUAGCAGGAGUGAAAACUCGUUCACCAGCGUUAACACCUGAAAAGGAUAUCUGUUUUGAAAAAUAAAUAAAACUGAAAUAAUAAUAAUAAUAAUAUUUUAUAAUGUUAAGUAUUAGCCAAUUGCCAUUUUUAUUUAUUUAUUUAUUUGUCUGAUAUCUAUAAACGGAAAUAGUUCACCUUUUUUUUUUUUGAAGUAUUUGAUAUAUACGUUUAAAAGGAAACAUUCGAACGGUUUACAUUCCUGUGUAGAUUUAUAAAUGUGGAAUAAAGAUAAAAACAAGAGCAUGUGAUUUGCGUAGCCACAGUGCAGUUAGAUAUCUACAAACACCAAAGAUUUCAGAUGAACAGUCAUUUAUUUAUAUAUACUGUAUAUCAUAUAUUUGUAGGGGCUGAAAUGUCACACCCAGGUUUACUUUCUUAACAACAAAGCACAAGGUUGAUUACACCCAUUUGCCAUAAGUUGGUUAUUUGAUAGACUUUUUAGGCAUUUUACCGGAAAUCCCGAAGCAGCCACAAAAAUUAGACUUUUAGUUCAAAGCAACUUUUCUUUGAGAAAUUCUAUGAAUGUGCCUCAUCCUAUUUUUAAGUAAAUCUUUAAGGAAAUUGAAUUACUUGAGUUGCCUGAUUUUUUAAUUUUUUUUAAAUGUAAUGUUUACCUGUAGAGAAUGUUGAAUCCUUAAGGUAUUAUAUUACUUUAGUACUUUGCUUUUUUAUUGCAAUUACAUUGUUGUUUUGAGUAUUUUUCCAUUUUGAUCUUGGAAUAUGGUUUUAAAUGUAAUUUUCUGGCUGCAAUUGACCAAUACACUAAUUAAUAAUAUAGUAAACCGUGUCAAAGCUCACACCGUAUAAUUCAUUUAAAUUUAUUUAUGCAGUGAAUGCAUUGCAAGAUGUAUCUUAUUUAUAUAUUUUCCCAGUAGAGCGUAAAAGCUCUUGCUUAAUUGUUUUUUUAUUUUAAAUUUUUUUUCUAUUUUACACAAAUUCUGGAGCUGAAAGCUCGUCGUCGGAAUCGGUUCUCAGGUACAAGGCAUUAUGUGGCAACACACUUAAAAUGUACCUGAUAUGUUUAAAUCAGCAGCAUUUUUAAUUGAAUUGAAUUGAGUUAUUUUACCGUAGCACGUGCUAUUACUGUAAAUGUGUGUUGAUUAAACGUGUUGGAAGAUAGCUGUGAGCUGCUGAAAUGUUGGUCAAAUUAAGCAAUAAAAACCCUACAAAGUC